AUGUCACUUACACCCACUGUACUUUUAUCGUCGUUAAAAGAUUUUAACAAAUGCAAUGAUGAUUUAUCAGCAGCAGUGAAACGAACGAUUCUUGAACCUCUUCAAUCGGAUAUGAUGAUGACUACAACAGCAGCAUUACGAGAACCCUUACGACGACCUAUUGCGCCACCUGGUUUACUUGGUAAUGGACGACCUCAAGAUAUUCGAACAAAAGUCAAACAAUUAGCACCAUUGGCCAUGCGAGUGGUCAAUCAAAAUAUCGAUUCUCUAAAACAUUUCAAAGAUUGGCGACGUAAUAGCACGGAAUCCACCAAAACUAUCAACACUAUCAAACACUGCUUGAUCGAUACUUCUUUUUAUGCUACAACUGCCUUGCAAAAUAUGAAACCAUAUUCAACUUUGAAGCCUUUGGAUAUUGAAAAAACCGUUUCCAAUUUGAUUGGUAAAUUAGUCGAUCUUGGCGAGUGGGCUCGUGCUUUGGAAGAAUUACGCAAAUUUAGAUAUCACUUGGCUAGCAUGGAAAGGAUUCAACUCGAUAAAACACUCACUUUGAACUUGACCACUGGAUCCUUGACGGUGACACAACAACGUACAUUUGAUACAAAAGAAUACAGCUUGUCAACUAGUCCGACUGGAUCUUCUGACGAAAACAACAAAGAUGAUCAGAAGGAAUCAACCCAUCAACACCGUUUGAAAACAACGCCACCAACUAGUCCUAAUCGUUCAUUAUCACCUGAACUCGUGUUUGUAGGCGGCAAACCGACCUCUAUGUCUUCUUGGGAAGAGGAAAUGAUCCAAAAGUACGCUGAUUUGUUCACUUUUCCUUUGAAUACAAAUAUCAAUGACCGCAGUAUGAUUCUUCUUGUAUUGGCCUAUCAAAUGAAUGUUAUUCGUUCUUGGUGUGAUGUCAAUGACGGGAUUUUGAUCAAAUAUAUUGCUAUCUUAUUGGACCGUCCUGGUAACUUUAUCGAUUGGUGUAAACAUUUGAUGUCGUUUGAUGAAGUAUUGGCCAAGAAACAAUUCGAUCUACUUCAACGUCAUUUAUCCAGAACAGCAAGCAAAUCUGCAAAAUUUGGUAAGCAAUAG